UUAUUUAUAUUACAAGAGACGGUAGUGCUUCGCACGAAGCGUACACGCGAAACGUGUGUGUAAUACAAUUAAUAAUACAAUUGUUUAUUAUUUGAAUUUUUUUCUGUUUUAGUCUACAUUUUCAAAUGUUCAUAGUCAAAAUAUUAAAUAUUAAUGUAUCUACGACGCUCACUUUAUUGAUAUCAAAAAUUAGUUAUCAAUAUUAUAUGAUAAGUAAGACGAAUUAAAUCGCUUGCUGUGAUACAAUUUCUGUGAUCGGAAAAGAUUAUUACUUUGCGUGUAGAGACAUUAUGUCAUCGGUCUUCCGUACGAACUUCCCGAACAAAUUAUGUAAUCGUGACUCGAAAUACUCUCACGAUUACUUUAAUUUGCAGAUCGGCCGGGAUGAGGAUAAUUCCGCGCGGGUGACAUAUCGGAAAAGCCGAGGUAAAAAGAAGAAGAAGCACAACGCGACGUGCCGCGUGUCACCAUUAAGAUGCGAACGUGAAACGACGGAUAAUCGAUAAAAACGGCCUACGAAGUGUGCGACAAGAGCGGCGAAAUGUCGGCGGGUCGGGUAGUAGGAGAGGCGAGUAGGUAGCUCGCGAUAUCAGAUGGGAAUAUUGAUCUAGGAUAAGAAGAGGCACCCUCCACUCGUCGCGUAAGCACACGUCGAUAAUACGAACGCGCGUUCUCAUCGUUGCGUGAUCGGACACGUGUUACGUCGGAGAUACAAAGUCCGGAGAGGAUGGAUCCGUUCAAGAUCGUGAUACGCGUGUGCAGAUUUUAACGCUCCAGAUUCCGUCAGCAGUAAAACGUACUUGCGCGACGACGAUCGACGGCCGCGGCGACGGCGACGGCGCACCAGCCAGUGACGCGCGAGCGUUAUCAGCGAUUCAGCGAGAGGAACGUCUGAUCAUCAAUGAUUCCGCUUCCGCGAGUCGCGGAGCAACGGUGCUGCGAGGAGAACGGUGUCGAGAGUCGUCCGGACGAGGCCAGCUAACUCUCGAGUCGGUCAUCGUUCGUUCCACCCUGGGCGAGGAAUGACGAGGAGUUGGACGGCGCGACGGGGUUCGACUUCGCGGCCGCGUUAUCGCGGAAUCCGGAACCCGACGUGACGGGACAUCGCCGUGCCGCGACACGGAUACGCGUUAUCGACGCUCUACGAGAUCUCGACCACAAUGCCGCUGCCGAACAUUCUGAGGAAAGCGAGCAGCUACAUCCUCGGCGAUUGCGGCCAGGACAAUCGACGCGUCAUUUAUCAGGACGGCGAGGCACUGUUUUGCAAGAACAACGUCUGCGUGCACCCACCGACGCUGAUGCGGCAGCACGCCGACGUGGUACAUCAUCCCGGAUACAUGACUAUCACGUGCAAGCUGAACAAGAACUCGAAUCUACCGACCCUGCAUCUGAGCUGGAUACCCAACAGCACGUUGCGCAAACACCCCACCGCGUUGGAGAAUCUGAGCCCCAGGAACGUGACGACGCGCCGGGACGACGAUUCGACAUCCCCGCGUUCUCGGAUAUCCAAGACGGCGGCCUGCACGGACGCGCGGCACGAGCUCGAGAACGAGAACGAGAACGACACCGAGAACGACAACGGGAACGGGAAACUGGACGUGUGCCUGGAGGCGAAGGAACCCGUUAAUUGCGGAGACUGCGAACGCGUCUGUUCCGGUUCCGGCUACAGUUACGAUUUCCUGCGCCGUCGAGAUCCGGGUGCGUCUGGUAAUCACGGCAGCGGCGGCGAGAAUGCCGAGACAGAAAAUCGUCCGGAUUCGACGGGGUCAAGGAACGAGAGAAAUGGAGAGCCGAAGGAACGGAAUCUCAACGACGGUGAUGCAAGAAGCAUCGACGAGGAACCGCGCUUCGCAUUCCGCGAUGACGUGAGCGUCAAGAGUCGCAGCUUGUCGUUGACUUCGUCCUGCAGUCUGUCAAUUUCGAUGCCUACGGACACCGAAGAGAUGCCGACGUGGAUGAGGUCGCCGGAACUCCUAGCACUGCAGCACAACCUCGCAUUCCCGGAGAGCGCGACCGCGUCGCCCGUGACGUUGCGCAGAGCGCAUCGAUGCCGCAGAUUCUCGGUGGACCUCAGCGAGAUGCGGUCCUUGAGACUGUUCUUCGCCGAUCCCGCCUGCACUUCCGGCCAGUUAGUGGUGGCGAGUCGCGAGAGCCAGUACAAGAUUCUGCAUUUUCAUCACGGCGGCUUGGACCGGCUAGCCGCCACGCUGCAUCAGUGGCAUCAACUGCUUUAUCCACGCCUAAGCGCCGAUACGGAGGAAACUCUGCCGUACAGGCACUUCAUGGUGUGCAGACCGGAGGUGAGUCGGGACGAGUUGCAUCCAGAGGAAGGCCAAGUGCCGAUGAUCACGUCGCUAGCCUGGAAGGACUUGUUGAACGAGCGGGGCCAGGUGGAGGACGACCUCGCUCUCCGCAAGGGAAUAUUCUUCGGCGGUUUGGAACCGGCGCUGCGAAAAAUCGUCUGGCCUUUCUUGCUGCACUGCUACUCUUAUCAGAGCAUGUACGAGGACAGAGAGCAGAUCGACGCGAUCAGACGACAGGAGUACGAGGAGAUACAGAAGCGAAGAUUGAGCAUGAACCCGGAACAGGCCGAACGAUUCUGGCGUAAUGUCGUGUGUAUAGUGGAGAAGGACGUUGUCCGUACGGACAGAGGUAAUCCGUACUACGCCGGUGAGGGUAAUCCCAACAUCGAAGUGAUGAAGAAUAUCUUACUCAAUUAUGCGGUGUACAACUGCCGUUUGGGUUACACCCAAGGAAUGUCCGAUCUCUUAGCUCCGUUACUAGCCGAACUUAACUCUGAAAUUGAGGCCUUCUGGUGUUUCGCGGGUCUGAUGCAGAGAUCAGUGGCCGUGUGCACACCUACCGACACGGAUAUGGACCGAAACCUGUGCUACCUUCGGGAGCUGGUGAGAAUAAUGGUACCCGAUUUUUACGCGCAUCUUCAAAAACACACGGAUGCCUUAGAGCUCUUAUUUUGUCAUCGAUGGAUACUUUUAUGCCUGAAGAGAGAGUUUCCCACGGAGAUAGCACUGGUCAUGUGGGAAGCCUGCUGGGUCAAUUACUUAACGGAUCAUUUCCACUUGUUCCUCUGCCUCGCUAUAAUAUGCGUCUACGCGGACGACGUGAUCGCCCAGGACCUCCGUACGGACGAGAUGCUGUUGCACUUCAGCUCACUAGCCAUGUACAUGGAUGGAAACGUCAUACUCAGAAAGGCACGGGGCCUACUGCACCACUUCCGGCAGCUCGUGCGCCUACCGUGUACGUUGGCCGGGCUGUGCCGACAAUGCGGCCCGGGAAUGUGGGACAGCACGCACGAUCCGGUGAUAGAGUGCGUGGGUCACGAGGAUACGCAUUGUCCCUAUUUAAAUAAUUACGAGUAACUCUCUAAUUUGCAAGAGGAAGGCGAGUAUUAUCAGUAUUAUUUAACGUGUUAACCAAAUGGCAAGUCCUCGCUCUCUCUCUCUCUACACGGAUCUCUCCGCACAUCAGACUUUGCAUUCGGUAGCAUAAGUUUUCUACAGCCACUUACGGGAUAUAGUGUAUCGAGUUUGGCUAACUACGCGCUCUCUCUCUCUCUCUCUUUCUCUCUCUCUCUCUGAAUUAAUAAGAAAGAAGCAAACAGGCUCAAUUGUCGCGUAGGCGACGGUACGACGUGCGUCUUUGUUCUUGUACAAGUUGCUCGAGCGUUCUCUCCGAUCGAAAAAGGCAGACGUGAAAUAGAGAUGCAGCGCACUAUACGUUAUGUAUAUAUAUCAUUGAUUUCAGUCCAAGAUGCUGGAAAGCACGAAUACACAUAUCUCGGGAAUCGAAUCUCCAAAGUUCACGCUACUGUCAGUACUGAAGUAAGAUUAAGGGACUUUAGCAAGGUUGUACGAGUACAGAUUCGCGAUACAAUAGAUAUCCGCAGUAUUUGUGACGUUAAAGACUGAGGAAUACGAAAGAGGAUAACACUAGUACAAGCGUAUCCGGCUGCCUCUCAGUCGGAGUUAAGGAGAUAUCCGUCGUGUAUCGUCUUUUACAAUCUAGAGCGAGUUCGUCCGCGCAGAGAACCAAAACGAGAAAUCAAAUCGUAUAAAUACCAAAUGGCUAUUUAUUAUAUAGACCUCCGUACCUCCCGAGUUGGCGCGGGGUAUGGAUCAACGGCGUAUCAUGUACGUUCACUCCGAAGUGUUCACUUACGUUCACAUACACACAACACACACACACAUACACAAUAUACAUAUGACGCGUCGUCGUGUACCGGUAUUUUUCGCAUACGUAAGAAUAGCGAGUCAAGCAUUUUUUCACCUAAACACAGCUUCGAACACGAUGCGAUUCUCACCUCGCGUCUCUAUUAUCGAUAUGUCAAACGUAAUUUUUUACUAAUCACACGAUUGCACGCGUACCACUCAUCAUUACUUUGUCGUUCACUUGAGAAACAACUGAGAAAUUAUCGAGUAAUUAAAACGAGUAAUUUUAACUUGUAACUUCUUUAUCCUUUUUAUAUAAUUAUGGCCCAUGGGAAUAUAUAUUUAAGGGUGAAGCCACUUAUCCGAGAUCUCACGAUGAUACCGUGCCUAUAUGCAACAGGGGCGAUUGUAAACAUUGUAUUCCGCACUGAACCAUUUAAUCGGGGGACAUAAAGUUUUAUCGAAAAUCGCUUUUAUCGCUUUUAUCGUGCUAUCUUGUGUCGUUGGAAUCUUGAAGAGAAAUCUAUCUGUGUUAAGAUCUGUCUCAUGCGGGUCUAAAGUACGAAAUAAAUAUAAGAACGUAGAGAACAUUUAUGUACAUAUUACCGGUGCGAAUAAAAACGACAGAGACUUGUA